AUGACUAUACCACCAAGCCUUACUCUUUCUUCUUCAUUGUCUGCAGAAACUGGUCUCGUGUGCAAGCUCCACAAGUCGAUCUACAGCCUCAAGCAAUCCUCCAGACAGUGGUAUAAAAAGCUCACUGAUGCUCUCAUUCUUGAAGGAUUUACUCAGUCCCAAGCUGACUACACCUUGUUCACCAAAGGCUCCAACAGCACCUUCAUUGCCCUCCUUGUGUAUGUGGACGAUAUCAUAAUUACCGGCCCCAACAUUACCUUGUUGCACCAACUACAUGCCUCUCUUCAUGCACAAUUCAAGCUUAAAGCCCUCGGCAAGCUAAAAUAUUUCUUGGGAUUCGAAAUAGCUCGGGCUAAGGAGGGACUAUUCCUUUCUCAACGUAAAUAUACCCUACAGCUUUUAGAAGACACCGGAUACAUGGGAAGCAAACCAUCCAAAACUCCUAUGGAUCCCAAAAUCAAAUUAGAUGAUCAACAAGACACCCCUCUUGAAAAUCCUUCUCACUACCGACAACUCAUUGGACAUCUACUGUAUCUCACCUUGUCCAGACCAGAUAUAACCUUCACAGACAACCAGGCCAAGGAAUCCUCUACUCCACCAAUUCUUCCCUACAUCUCCCAAGGCUUUUCAGACUCGGAUUGGGCCUCUUGUCCAACCACUAGACGAUCCACAACCGGCUACUGCAUAUUCCUUGGUGACUGCCUCAUCUCUUGGCGAACCAAAAAGCAACCAACCAUCUCCAAAAGCUCUGCCGAAGCAGAGUAUAGAGCCUUGGCUGCAACAAGCAGUGAGAUCACAUGGCUACAAUAUCUGUUAAAGGAUUUUCAAAUCGAACAAAGUAUUCCUACCUUCAUAUAUUGCGACAACAAAUUUGCAAUACACAUCGCCAACAACCCCACUUUUCACGAAAGAACCAAGCACAUUGAGCUUGAUUGCCACUUCAUUCGCGAGAAGAUCAAGAAAUCUGCCAUUCGUCUCAUUCCUGUUAACACAACACUUUAA